GGAUGUGCACACACCUUCAUUACUGGUAAACACAAUUCAUUUUGCAUAUUUCCAUACAAAGAGAGCACAGCAGGCCUGAGCAUCCGAGAAGAUAUGGCCACAGCCAGCCCUUUCCUGUCUGAGGAUCAGUUCCAGUGUUCCAUCUGUCUGGAUGUUUUCACCGAGCCUGUUUCUAUUCCAUGUGGACACAACUUCUGCAAGGCCUGUAUCACCAGGCACUGGGAAGGCAAAGAGCAGUGUCAGUGCCCACUGUGCAAUGAGAAAUUCAACAAAGGGCUCAAGCUUUGUGUCAACACCGGAUUCAGGGAGGUUGUGGAGAAUUUUAAGAAACAUCAUGCGAAAACUGACAAUAACUCCCAAAUCAAACCUGGAGAGGUGCCAUGUGACUGCUGUACUGGCAGCAAGUGUAAAGCCUUAAAAACUUGUUUGGUAUGUUUGACCUCUUUUUGUGAGACACACCUAGAGCCUCAUCAGAGAGUUGCUACCUUAAAGGGGCAUAAAUUGACUAAUCCUAUUCCCAACCUGGAGGACAAAAUAUGCAAGAAACACAACAGGAUUUUAGAGCCUUUGUGCAGCAAUGACCUGACACGUGUUUGUGACCUGUGUGCAGAACAUACCGCUUAUAAUACAGUCCUUUUAGAGGAAACAUAUGAUGACAAUAGAGCUCAGACGAGGAAGAAGAAGGCGGAAGUACAGGAAAUUAAACCCAAGCGUGGUAAGAAGGCAAAGAAGACUAAAGCGUUAGUACAGACCCAGAGGAAAGACAAAGAAUGUCCGCUGCAGUUCAAGAGAUAUUUCUAUCUUCCUGGAUGCAUGGGCUUUUUUGGAGGUAAAUUCUUCUAUGAAGUUGAUACUAAAGGGAUGACCGGCUGGGAUUUAGGAAUAGUCACAGAGUCAAAUCUUCAAAAGAGGACAUUCACACCUACUCCCAGGAAUGGAAACUGGAUCAUAAGGUUGGAGAAUAACACCAGCUGCAGGGCUCUACAUGACUUCUAUAUACCCAUCUUCUUGUUAAGGAAACCUGAGAGAGUCAGGGUGUUUGUAGAUUAUGACAAUGGAGAGGUGUCCUUCUGUGAUGCAGACACUGGGAUUUGGAUGUGCUCCUUCACUGACUGCAAAUUCAAUGAGAGAGUUUUCCUUUUCUACAGACCUAAUAUAAGCUGGGUACAGGCACUACAAAACAAGGUUCAGAAGAUUAAAGAUAACGUAUGGCCACAACUUUCAUAUUUCUUAUUAGGUUGUAUUUUACUGAUGAUUAUUCUGAUUUCAGAUACUUAAAAUUAAAUAUCACGUCAUCUUUUACAAAGGCACAGAUUAAGCAGAUUUUGAUGAAAUUUUAAUUCAGUAAAAUCUGAUCAUGAUAAGCACACUUCACAUACUGUAUACACACACAUAUUUUCAGAAACUGAAUGAUGCCUACACCUUUACAAAUCUGUAGACUAAGCUCAGUUUAACUAGAAAUCUUCCAUAGUACAGUGUUAUUGAUAUCUGUUGGAGAUGAAGUUGAAUGUUUUCUUUUUAUCCAUAUUUUAGCAUUUAGUGUUUUUGUUGUUACAGUGGUGUAUGUAGAGUCACAAACUCAUCUGUCACUUUAUCAUGUGUAACAACAUGCUAAAGGUCCAUAUACAUUAAGUCUGUAAAUCACAAGAUAUGUUUUAGAAGUUGUAAAUAUGACUUUGUAUGCUGGUUUUACUUUUUGGGAUGUUAAAUGUACAAAAAAUAAUUUUUUAAAUAUAGUUUUUACUUUUCCAUGAAA